AUGGCCCAGCCGUGGCGGAAAGCCUUAAGAAGCCUCUCCUAUGGCGCCGCAGGGGUGGGCGUGCUGGGCCUCGGGCAAGCGGCCCACCUCCGCUACAAGUAUCAAUGCCCAGGAGAGCCGAGCGGCGCCGUGCACGGCCAAGUAGGAAGCAAUUAUCAAGGAAAGCCUCUAAAGCUCCUCUUCGUCGGCGACUCCAUUGCGGUGGGCGUGGGCGCAAAGGCAGCUGCACCUUUGCAGGCUGCCUGCGCCCAGCGCCUCAGCAACUUGCAGCGCCGCCCCGUGGAGUGGCGUACCGUGGCGCAGAACGGCGCGGACGUGAGGGAGCUGCAGGCCUUGCUGGACCAGCCCGAAGGUGGCGCCAAGGUGAUUGACCUUGGCUUUGACAUCGCCGUGGUGCUCUGUGGAGUGAACGACGGUAAGAAGUUCUGGCAAGGCCGCUGGCCCUCUCACUUCCGGGAGGAUCUCGCCGAGCUGGUGCGCACCCUCCGCACCAAGGGAGAUCCGGAGAGCGUCAUCACGGUGCCCAACCUCCUAGGCCACGUGGAAGCACCGCUCUUCCAGUUGUGGCCGAUGUGCCAUUUGGUGGAUGCGCUCUUCGAGCAGUUCGAGGCCCAAAAGGUCGCCCUCGCGGACGAUGGCCAUGUGAGGCCUUGGUCCUCAUCGGGACGGAAAGUGCUGACCACGGACCAGAACCUUUGGUCGGUGGAUGGAAUUCAUCCCUCCUGCGAAGGCUAUCAGAAAAUUGGAGAAUGGCUUGCAACGCACCUCGCGCAGAUGCACGUGGUGCGAGUGGAGUACAGACACUGGAGGACACCACGCUGGAGCCUGGUACAUCAUCAUUUGAUGCGCUGA